AUGCUCUUGAAAUAUACCAUUGCGCUCCUCGCAUCGACCGCAGCAGCCACCCAUACCCUUCGAUACCUGGGAUGCUACCUCGACUCCAGCGAUCUAGACAACAUAGGCCAAUCGCCGUUCCAGAGCGUCGGACUCUGCAAGAUGAACUGCAUGCGGCGCGGCGAUACAAUCAUGGGCGUCCGGAAUGGCACCGAGUGCUGGUGUGGUCUUAACUAUCCGAACUGGCAGGAUGAACUGGAUCCAAGGGCAUGCAACUUGCCUUGUGGUGGUUAUCCGCUUGAUAUCUGUGGUGGCCAUGGUGCGCUUAGUUGUUAUGAAAUUGAACAAGAAGCGACGGUAUCGUCGCUUACUAUGGCUCCCACAAUUUUGCCGAUGUUGGGUAUUGGGUGCAAUUAG